ACUUUCUUGGAAACAUUUAUUAGACGUACAACGACGACACCAAGGCUUAUAACAGCUACCCUGUGAACCUCAAUGACUCUAUCAAGUUGACAGAGAACUUGCCUCUAAAUGCAACCUACGCUUUCCUCGAAAGACUUGGACUCAAGAAUGUGGACGAAAUCGUCCACGAGCUCAUGAGUAUAAGAGGCGUCUACACGCUGGCGUUCCACAUUCCUCCGGAUUUCGAUGACACAUUCCUCAACAUCGGCCUGGGUUCGAUCCUUGCCGAAAUGCCACAAGAGUAUCCUGAGGCAUUCAAGCUAUGGUUGUCCCACAACACCAACCUCACCUCCGUGUUCGACGCUCUCAAGUACUACGCCUACAGACCGUUUUCCGGAAACCAGCGUGUCAACACUAUAGACCCCAGGAGCUACUACUUCCUCAGGGCGUGGUUAGAGCAGGAGAAGGCUGCCGGACGUGAUGUCGCUCUUGUGCCAACGUGGGUGCAGGACACUGACGAGGUACGCACCUGGUACGACAAGGGAGUCAUGAUGCCGUUCAACGUCAACAACAUUGACGUCACUGUGUGUGCCAACUUCCUAUUUGGCGUCACGAAUGGAAUCAUUAAUGGCCUCUUCGAACCAUCGAUAUUAGAUGACCCUGACAUAAUGAACAUCUACAACGACACCGCCAGGAUGAUCGCUUUCCAAGUCCAGACCAACUUCUCUGACCGAGCAGACCUGGCGUUGACGUACUACCCCUCUGUCAUUGAGUUCUACUGGUUUGUGGCCAGGACGUACAACAAACUCCAGGAAACCCUGGACAGGACGGGAUCUCUGCCUCAUAAGGUGUUGUCAGUGGCUGUCAAAACGUUACUUAAGCCAUUCACUUCCAAAUCUCUGUAUGCCUCACUGAAAUAAUAACAAUCAAACGUGGUAAGCUUAAACGUUAUAUAUCCUUGGUGCUCACUCUCAUCCGUGAACUAUUGUACUAUUUGUUCGUGUAUGGCAUCUGAA